AUGUUGCGUCAAUCCAAUUCGCGUUGGGCAGAAGCCGGCGACUCCGCCGCGAUGCUAGGGGGCUCUGCAGCUCGACCAAUGGCCUAUUUCAACUACUUUUGCUGCGCUCUGCCAGCUCGUGCUUGUACAGCGGCCUUUACUUGGGAAUCCUCGAAGAAGUUUUGGUUUAGCUACCUGACUGUCUCAACGAUUUGCGCCAAAAUUCUCCAUAUCUACGCUCAUGCCGACUCCAUCAAAGCUAAACACUUGUUCCUUUGGGGCCCUACAUUCUUUGUUCAAGACGCAAUUUUCCUUUUGAUAGUAUUUGCGCUCACUCGCAACUUCCAGCGAGCAUGGCUGCGCUAUACGGCUUCGACGACGGUCAUUAUGGGGACAUUGAUCCUCUCCACGAUGGCCGCGGCUAAUACCUCAUUUUAUUUCACCACCGGCGCUGAAAUUCACUGGCGACAAGCAGGCGGCUUCAACCGCGAUCCCGCUUCGAUCAACACCCUGCUCACCGGAUUGACUGGCCUUGUCAUUGUCGACGUUCUAUAUAUUGUGGCAGCCGGCUUGACAACACCAUGGAUCUAUAACGGCGUGGAAUCGAUGAUUUCGAUUUGGAUCUCAAUGAUAAAAUCCAUUUUCAAGCCUGUCGCACCGUACGCAAAGGCUGGUGUCAACAAGGCUCUUAGCCGCUGGAGCAAGGGCCGGGAGGUCUUUGAAAGAAUGAAGAUCUACGAACCCGUUCCGUUGAGCGACUAUGAUGAGGAGGAAGACAAGGCCACGCCUAGCGGUGCGCCACUGCUCGAUCACCCACCCCAGACUCUUGAGAACCGACGCUGGAAUCUCCAUUGGGCAAAGAGCGGCGACUGGAAGCGCGAUAUUGACUGGAAGCUCUGGUUGAAGCGCGCUCUCGUGGUCUUCCCUACGGCAUACAUUUUCUUCGUGCGCCUGCUUCGCCCAUCAAAUUCGUCCUACGGUUUCCUCUCUCAGACAGUCAUCAUCAGUCCAUUUGCGGGUGUCGACUCGGAAAGCAAGCUCGCCCAUAUGUUCAAGGACCGCACCUUGGAUGGUAAGACCACUGCUCUUACUGCGGUUCCAGAGUUCGACUGGCUGCCAAAGGGCAAGUUCCCCGGUUUCCGCGACUGGGAGGAUAGAUCUCGGUACUCUCACUAUAACUCAACUGAGGAUCCUCUGCACAUUUCCAACCUGGGUCUCGAUAUUUUGGCACCUAUCAAAACCGCUCUCGAUAGCGGCGAUGUCAAGAUUAAGCAUAUCUUCCUCUUCAAGAUGGAGAGCACUCGCUACGACGUUUUCCCCCUCCGAAAUAACACUUAUCUGUGGAACCGACUUCAGAAGUCCUACAAGGAUAACAAGGUCCCCAAGGACGUACAGGAUCGCCUUGUUAACCUCACUCGCACCGCCGAACGUAUCACCGGAUCGCACUCAGGAUUCCACCGAAACGAAACUAUCAAGCCGUACGGAGGUAUCAACCUGCACAAUUCUUAUACCGGAGGAACCUUCACUCUGAAGAGUAUCGAGGCAACCACCUGUGGCGUCGAGCCUCUGGUCGUUGAUUUCAACCACGAGUACGAGCAUCACAUCUACCAACCUUGCAUGCCUCACAUUCUCGAUAUGUUGAGUGCGACAACAAACAACAGCAAGAGCGAUGACUUUACCGACUGGCCCUGGCGCCCUGCAUUCAUGCAGUCUAUCACUGAUACCUACGAUCAUCAGGACCGCCUUACUCCCGCUAUUGGCUUCAAGCCCGAGAACAUCGUGACUGUUGAGUCUAUCGACGAGGAGCGUGCUAACGACACUUCUUGGACUGCCGAGAAGUUCAACUUCUGGGGAUAUCCGGACUCUUCGCUUGCUGUCUACUUCCGCGAGGCGAUUGAAAAGGCUGAGCGCGAUCAUGAGCGUCUUUUCCUGACCCACCUUACCGGCAUCACCCAUCAUCCCUGGGACACGCCGAAUGGAACGUACGAGGAGCUUAUUGGAACUCAAACGAAUGCGUUUGGUGGCAAAAGUGACGGUCUGAACCGCUAUCUUAACACUAUUGGUGUUAAUGAUCGCUGGUAUGAGGAGUUUUUGGAUAUUCUGGAGGAGACUGGCGUUGCCAAUGAGACUCUCAUCGUUAUGACAGGUGACCACGGUCUGUCGCUCCCUGAGGAUGGCAACGUUACUCCCUACGAUAACCCCCUGGAGACAAACUUUCACGUUCCUCUGAUUUUCGCCAACCCUCGUCUCCCCGUUAUCCAACUCAACGCCUCCGUUUCUUCUGUCCAAAUUCUACCCACAAUCCUUGAUCUCCUCAAAAACUCCGGUUCCCUCGAUAAAUACAGCACCCGUGCCGUCGGCGAUCUCCUACCCAUGUACGAGGGCCAGUCCAUCCUUCGCCCCAUCAUCACCCACAACGACAAGACAUCCUACUACCAAUUCACCGUCAUGAACACCGGCGGCUCAAUGGUCGCCAUGCGCUCCGCCGACGCUCCCUACCGUCUCAUCGUCCCUCUCGUCCCCGAGGUCGAAUUCCGCUUCACCGACCUCAGCAAGGACCACCAAGAAGAAAAGCCCAUCAAAGCAUUCGAUUUCAAGCCUCUCAUGAAGGCCGUUACUGAGGACCAUGGCGAAGAGGCCGCCCAGUGGGUGCACGAUGCCGCUCGCGCUGCUCAGUGGUGGGUUACCGAUAACUGGAACCGCUAUGAGUAUAACCCGCGGGUACCUCAGAAACCUCAUCAGUCGUGGCCAAGCUCUCAUAAGGGUCCUUGA